AUGGGCCUCUACCUCCUCGACUACGGCGCAGGCAACGUCCAGAGCCUCGCCAACACCCUCGCAAAACUUGGUCAUGACUUCCAGUGGAUAUCAUCCCCCGCCGACUUCCACAAGGCUACCAGCCUCAUAUUCCCCGGUGUCGGUGCAUUUGGAAGUGCCAUAGACGGCCUUGUUUCGCGUGGCUUCCUCGAGCCUCUCAGGGAAUACAUUGCCUCCGGAAAACCUUACUUUGGAAUCUGCAUCGGCAUGCAGGUUCUCUUCCAAUCAUCGACGGAGUCCCCCGCGUCUACCGGCUUGGGCCUGAUACCCGCUGUGAUAGAGGAGUUUUCUAGCAUCGACAAGUCCGUCCCCCAUAUGGGCUGGAACUCAGUGCAGCUCAUCGACCCGGCAAAUCACGAGGGCCUGAAGGAGUCCAACCAUUACUAUUACGUCCACUCAUAUCGCGCUCAGUACGACUGGAACACGCCCGAAGCCGCACAAUGGGUUCACAGUACCACACAGUACGGCCAGGAGAUCUUUGUCGCCACUGUUCGCAAGGGUAACGUUUUCGGCACACAAUUUCAUCCCGAGAAGUCAGGUUCAGCCGGUCUCGAUCUUCUUGCGGCAUGGCUAGGACAGCCCGAGUCAUCCCGAGCAUCGUCGUCUCCUGGCAAAUGUGUUCCUCGACCACCCAAGGCGAAAGAUGGUCUGACAAAACGUGUCAUUGCGUGCAUGGACGUGCGCUCGAACGACAAUGGUGAUCUUGUCGUUACCAAGGGCGAUCAAUACGAUGUACGCGAAAAAGCACCAUCCGAGGCCGGCGCCGAGUCUUUGCGAACGCGCACUGCCGGCGCCGUGCGCAACUUGGGCAAACCCGUUGCCCUCGCCGCACGAUACUACGCUGCCGGCGCGGACGAGCUCUGCCUCAUGAACAUCACGUCGUUUCGCCACUCGCCGCUGCAAGACCAACCGAUGCUCGCAGUCGUGCGCGCAGCUGCGGAGGAGGUGUUUGUCCCCCUCACCAUCGGAGGUGGGAUCAAGGACACAGUCGACCCGGACGGGACGCCGCGCUCCGCACUCGAGGUCGCUGGUGCAUACUUCCGCGCUGGUGCCGACAAGGUGAGUAUCGCAACCGAGGCCGUCUAUGCCGUAGAGCGGAUGCGGGCUCGUGCUUCGGACGCGGAGAUAGGCGAGGGAGACGGGACCAGUGCGAUCGAGACGAUUGCGCAUGCGUAUGGGCGGCAAGCUGUCGUUGUUUCCAUCGACCCGCGCAGGGUCUACGUCGAUCGAAGUUAUGAUGGGCCGUACAAAGAGGAGGUAGUAUCCGAGAAGGACGGCAGUAGAGCCUGGUGGUACCAAUGUACUGUCAAAGGCGGAAGGGAAGACCGACCGCUGUCAGUCGUGCAGCUCGCCCAAGGUGUUGAAAAACUCGGCGCGGGAGAGAUCAUUCUGAACAGUAUUGACCGCGAUGGCACGGGCCAAGGCUUCGACAUUGACUUGCUGACGCUCGUCCGAAAGAGUGUGCACAUACCUGUGGUAGCGAGUAGCGGGGCGGGGAAGAAGGAACACUUCGUGCAGGUGUUCGAGCAGACAGGAGUGGAAGCUGCCCUAGCCGCUGGAAUCUUCCACCGCCAGGAAGUUGGAAUUGAUGAGGUGAAGGCUGCUUUAGCUACGGCACAAAUCAAGGUGCGGACUUGA